UGAGACAAAGCAAGAAAUGCAGGUUGUUGUUCUGCCACUGAGAAGAGACACAGACACUGAGAGCCGAUUAGAUUCAGUGCAAAGCCAGGACGUCUACUGGGGGGAAACCACAGCAGGGACACAAGAGAAAAUGGCUUUCCCAUUAGAGGAGGACCUAUCCUGUCGUAUCUGCUAUGAUAUAUUUAAAGAUCCAUUGGUCCUGUCAUGCAGCCACAGCUUCUGCAAAGACUGUCUGAAUAGCUGCUGGAAAGAUAAACAAAUAAAGGAAUGUCCAGUUUGUAAGGGAAGCCCCUUAACGAGUGAUCCACCUCGUAACUUGGCAUUGAAAAACCUGUGUGAGAAUUUCUUACUGGAGAGAGAUCAGAGAGGUCCGGAGGCUCUCUGCAGUCUGCAUUCUGAGAAACUCAAACUCUUCUGUCUGGACCAUCAGCAGCCGGUGUGUGUCAUCUGCAAAGAUUCAAAAACACACAACAGCCACAGAUUCAGACCCAUCGAUGAGGCUGCACAGGAUCACAGAGAGGAGCUCCGGGAAGCCCUGAAGCCCUUAAAGAAAAAACUGAAGCUCUGUAAACAAGUUAAAGGAAACUGUGAUCAAACAGCAGAACACCUGAAGGUUCAGGCCGGACGCACAAAGAGGAAGAUUAAGGAGCAGUUUAAAAAGCUUCACCAGUUUCUAGAAGAGGAAGAGGAGGCCAGGAUCUCUGCUCUGAGGAAGGAAGAGAAGCGGAAGAGUCAGAGGAUGAAGGAGAAGAUGGAGGCUCUGAGCAGAGAGAUAGCAGCUCUUUCAGACACAGUCAGAGCCACAGAGGACGAGCUGAGAGCCGAAGACGUCUCGUUCCUGCAGAACUACAGGGCUGCUGUGGACAGAGUCCGGCAGCGCCCCCUGUUGGAGGAUCCACAGCUGCUCUCAGGAGCUCUGAUAGACGAGGCCAAACACCUGGGCAACCUGGGCUUCAACAUCUGGAACAAGAUGAAGGACAUGGUCUCCUACACUCCUGUGAUUCUGGAUCCAAACACCGCUCAUCCAGAACUCAUCCUGUCUGAAGAUCUGACCAGCGUGAGUCGCGGAGCGAGACAGAAGCUUCCUGAAAACCCAGAGAGGAUUUAUUUCUACCCCUCCGUCCUGGGCUCUGAGGGCUUUAACUCCGGGACUCACAGCUGGGACGUUGCAGUUGGACACAGUCCGAUCUGGGCAGUGGGAGUAUUAGCAAAGUCUGUCCAGAGUAAUGUCGACAAACUGUCUGGACUGUUCAGAAUCAUGUUCUGUGAAGGUGAGUACACAGCAGACUCCGAUCAUGAUCCCCCCACUGUUCUCACUGUCAAGAAGAAGCUCCAGAGAAUCAGAGUUCAUCUGGACUGGAACAGAGGAAAACUGUCUUUCUCUGAUCCUGAUACUGACACACACAUACACACCUUCACACACACUUUUACUAAGAGGCUGUUUCCAUACUUUAACACUGUAAACGCACACCCACUGAAGAUAUUACAAAUUCCUGUCGUUUAGACAGGCGUUUCGGGACUUUUCUAGACUCAAAGUACAUGUAUCAGUGUGAACAGUGCCUCACUUGACCCUGUCUCACUCACAGCAGCACAUCUGAUGCUGGAUUGUUUUCCAAAAAUGUACAGUUGGCAGUUUGACCUGUGAAACCAGUUGCCAAACUCUGGCAUCAAACUUGUAUGCUUUUUAUGAAAUGUGUACGCUCAUCCAGUCAACCGAAAGUUGAAGUUCCCUGUGAGUUAUUCUGACCAAAUAAUUGUGGUGAGGUUGUUUUUUUCCUUUUCUGAGGUUCAAGAAUGACCUUUCAGUUACAAGAAGUCCAUCAUCAAACAUGAUUAGCAGAUGAAGAUUGUGUGAUAUGAUUGAAAGCUCCUGAAGAGUUACUAAAUGGACUUUUCGGUAAGAAUUACUAUACGUAAAGGUCGUUGGUAUUUUCCUCUACUCUUAUAAGCUGAUAUGAAACUGUUCUUGGACUUUACUGCACUCUUGAAUGAUUUAUGAAUGAUUUAAGUGAUUAAUUUGGGUUAGUUUGACAGAUUGUAGAGCUUUAGAUUAAAACUGGGAUAUUCCUUCCAAUAUUUCUGAUCAAUGAUUUAUUGUGUUAUAAGUUGUUAUCUUAACAUUAACCUAAAGAUGUAAACUAGCCACUGGCUAUACUUUUGUAUAUUUACAUACAUGUUUAUCAAUAUGCACUGUCUAUAUUUUAAAUAAAUACAUCUCAAAUCAAACACGCUGACUUUCCCUACAUGCAAUGUUUCUGUAUGUGACAG